AUGUCAGAGGCUUCCGCAACUCCCCAUGGUGAACCAAACACAGCCCAGUCUGCCCCAGCGCAGCAACUGAAUCGGUCUUGUGAGUCGUGCAGAAGCCUUAAGGUCCGUUGUCUGCCCAGUCCGUCCACGCCGAAUCAGUGCCAGCGAUGUGCCAAAGGCAAAAAGGCCUGCAUCUUCGUGGCUCCACAGCGUCGUCGACCCCGGAAGCGUACAGAUUCCCGGGUCGCUCAGCUGGAGAAGGAAAUGCGGAUGAUGCGCUCCCUACUGAAGGAUCGUAUUCGGGAGGAGAGUGAACCGGAGUCCCCCGAAGUGCAUCCGACUCGGCGCGGUUCAUGGACUAUUCGCCUGAAUUUAUCAACACCACGCAUCCUGGGAUGCCUGGCGGCGGUCCUCCUCUCGGCCCCGCCUUCUUUCUCUGGCCUGCAUAUGAACUUCACCUCCGAUGACAAUAACCCUCCCGUGGAGGAUGUCAUCGAUCAAGGCAUCAUUUCGCUCGAAGAUGCUGAGCAACUGGUGGUAUUUUUCAUCCACGAACUGGCGUCAUUCUUCCCGUUGGUGGUUCUACCGUCCAACACCACCGCAGCCCACCUACGCCAAACGAAGCCAAUCCUGUUUCUUUCCGUGAUCGCAGCAGCGUCGAUCUCAAUUGAUGCCGGGCUUGCAAGCGUGUUGAAUCGGGAGAUGGUUCGGCUUUAUGCUGAGCGGUUCUUCAUCGAGGGCGAGAAGUCACUGGAACUGGUGCAGGCGUUGCUGAUCAUGAUAAUUUUCUAUUACCCUCCCACUUCGCCCUUGAAAUUGCAAUUCUAUCAGUACACGCACAUCGCCUCAACGAUGGCGUUGGAGAUUGGGCUUGCCACAAAAUGCCGGGUGUCGAAAAAGAAGUCCGACCGGAAGAACAGACACGAGGUCCACGAUGAGCAUUUGGUGGAGCAGGCGAGGGCUGUUCUGGGAUGUUACCAUCUGGGGUCAACUGUCGCUAUGAAGACUCGCCGACCCAAUUUGCUUCAGUUCAAUGACUGGAUGGCCGAGUGCGUGGAUCAAUUAGAGCGCUCACCGCACCGAACAGACCAGCACCUGGCCGUGUGGUUCGAGCUGCAACGGAUUACCGAUGAAGCCAUGUCCUCCUUCGGCUUGGACGACACCAGCGCCUCUUCUCCGUUGACCGAAUCUCGUGUGCAAGCUGUGUUGCGGUGGUUCGAUAAGCGAAUGGAUGCUUGGAAAAAGAGCACUCCGACCGAUAUGCUCACAGGUGCGUAUAAUUCCGUAGCAUUACCAGAAUUUCAUGGGAGAGAACGAAAGCUGACUCUCUCCUGCCUGUCCACAGUGCCUAUGAUUCUCGAAUACCGAUCUGCUGUCCUAGCCAUGUAUGAAUUGGGCGUUGGAGAAGGAUAUCGCGACCCGGAUGCGAUCAAAAAGCGAUAUUUCACACUGCCGACUAUCGAUGAGGACAGCGGUCCCAGGGUGUUGGACCCGCAGAUGAGUGCGAUCCGCAUCGACAUCAACGUCAAGUGGAUGAAUGCGGCACAAGAACUGCUAGACGCAGUACUGACAUGCAGCAUUGAGACGAUGCGGCGCAUGCCGAAUCUGACAUACACACGAUUCAGCAUGGCGAUGACGUCGCUGCUGAAGAUUCACUUCUCGGUGCGAACAGGCGCACUCGGUGAGGUGGUCACUCCAGAGACCGUCAACGUCGGCUACUAUCUCGAUGCGAUAGCAAACAAACUCGGCGAGGCGGCGGGUGGCGGCAAAUAUAAGAUCCCAAGUCGGUGGUACCACGUGGUAGGCGUUAAAGGUCGGGACUGGUAUGAACGUCUGGAGAGACGGUAUACAGGCUCCACGGGGGCCGGCAAUCUAGGAUCGGGAGUUGUGUCGGAGAGUUCAUCGACAGGCACCGAGUCAAAUUUACCAUCGGGACCGAUGUCGGGCGCACCAGAAGCUUCGGCCCACCUCGAGGUCAAUGCCCCGGCGGUCGAUUCGUUCUCGGUACCACCGGGAGUGGCACAUCUUCAUCCCGGGAUUGAGAGCAUGCGGGACGGAUAUGUAGCUAUGAGCGGCGCCGGUAUGUGGCAGAUGGACGGGGGUCACAGCCACGGCCAUGGCCACGGCCAAUUCUUCCAGCCCAUGCCCAGCGGAUAUCAACCCUCGCACCCACAAUCGACCGCGCUCCCUCACCAGUUCGCGUAUGAUCCGCAGCGUAUGCCCUCACAGAGCGGGGCGCCUAUGCCGGGGACAGGCAUGGAGCUGGAUGGCUGGCUUCCAGACGGCAGUAUCUUUGGCAUGCCUCCACUGCCCGAAUUCUGA